UGCGCGCGCGCGAUCAGGAACGAACGAGAGCAUGCGCUGACAUAAAGGCUGGUGUUGAAGCGCAAGAUAAUUUAUAGGGUGGAUAAGAAGCGGCUGGCUUCAUCACAGCGCACAAAUGACGGCUCACUUGACCGCGGUAGUAAAAAAACAAAACGCCAUCACUAACAUCGCUUCAAGCGGGCCUUGGGGCAAGUGUCCUGCUUUGACAAUGAUGGUUCGUACGGAGUAUCUGAACUGUGGAAGAACACAAAGUAAAACAGAUAAAUACUCCUCUGUGGGCAGGUUUCUGGGCGAGUAUCUCCAUCUGUGGGAUUUCUGUGAGGCGUGUCUACGGACUGCUGGUCCCGUCGCUACGAUACUUCCGUAUCACUUCCGUGUGCUUCUGUUGAAAGACGGGUUUCCACAGACUAGGUAACCGUGACUUUCUUGGUUGUACGAGGUCGAGUUAGCGUUGAACAUUCAAAUAUCUCAAAUCUCGCGGACACGAGGUUUGGCUCCAUGGCUGACGGCCGAGGGGGGCAGAAUCCGGAGCAGGAGCCGAGGGGCGCCGCGGGUGGAGACGAUGUCAUUGAUGAUUCCAUCCUCGAAGAAGGUGCGGUUGUCUUUAGAGG